AUGUCGCAGAACUCGGUCGUCACUAUAGACUCGAAGCGUCACUUCGACUCGAUCCUCAAGUCGUCACGUAUAGUCAUUGCUGACUUCUACGCUGAUUGGUCUGACACUUCCAACCAGAUCGCUCCUAUCUACGAAAGAUUCGCCCAAGACGUCGCGCAGCCGAAUCUCAUCACGCUGGUCAAGGUUAACAGCGACAACCAACAAGAGCUCUCACAAGAGUACAAAAUCACAAACCCGCCAACCUUCAUCGUUUUUGCAGAUGGGAAGCAGGUCGACCAGGUCCAGGGUGCCGAUCCUCAGAAACUUAGGGAUACGCUCAUGAAGAUACCUGCCUUGGCCUCUUCGCUCAAUGAGAAGACCGCCAGAGAAAAUGCUGGCUCGGCUAGUGGUGGUCCCAGCUGGAAGGGUAUGGAAGCUCCACGAGGCUACAACGACAUCACCGACCAAAUAGAACUCCGUGAUCUGGAGGUUCUCAACGCUGAUGAGAGCGCCGGGACUGUUAGGGUUCUCUUCGAUGGUUCCAAGCCAAGCGGCCUCGGUAACGGCAAAGGAACCUCAAAGGACUACGUGCAGAGCGGUGCAGAUGACCAGCUGCUUUUGUACAUCCCUUUCCAGUCCAUCGUCAAACUCCACACUCUCCAGCUCACUUCCCUCCCUCCCAAAGACGACGAAGACGUGAUGAGGCCCGGCAACAUUCACCUGUAUAUCAACCGCACUCAUAACCUCGACUUCAACGAAGCCGACGAUACCGAACCAACACAGGCUAUCGAGAUUUCCCCUGAGGAUUGGAACGAGGAGGGAACAGUGAGCCUGAGCUUGCGAUAUGUGAAAUUCCAGAAGACAUCGAGUCUGGUGAUCUACGUUCAGCAGGGUGAGGGUGAUGGGGAGACUGUUCGUCUCGACAGAGUGAGACUCGUAGGAGAAGCUGGAGCCAAGCGAGAGAUGGGCAAGCUCCAGAAGGUAGGAGAGGACGAGUAA